AGAAUCCGCAAUCGUCACUGUGCAUAUGCCACUUGGCUAUCCACUGGGACAGGCCAUGCUACAGUGAAGCACGACACCUUCUUGCUUGCUUGCAAGCACGCAACCAUCCCUGCCUCCUUGACGACUGCCAUAGGCGCAGCUGGAAAGCUGCCUGCAACGGCACGCCAGACGCAAAGAGGACAGCAACGGCAUGAUGAUCGCACGCUCCUUCUGCUCGCUGCGGGCCGCGGUUCUCGCCUGCCUCUGCCUCUGCUUGCUCAGUGCGCAGGGGCACGCUCAGUACUUUUCCCAAGGCUGGUCGCCUGGACAGCCUCGUCAACCACCGCAGCAUGACAAGCAGCAGGCUGCUGCGGCGUACGGAUCCAACUUAGGCUGGUCUCCGAAUGGAUGGAAGCGCGUACCCAACACAUCGGGGGCCAAAGUCGCUCGAAACGAGUCGGUAAUCGACUCUCUUAUUCGCUCCGGCCUGACGACCUUCCUGCGCUGGUCUGAUGACGACGUCGAUGUCGCGCGCGCCUACCGUGACGCGCAGAAGAACCCGACCUUCCACCCCCGCGUUGAGGUCCUCUCCACGCCCGAGACCCCAGACAUCGCCGACAUCCUCGGCUUUGGCCCGCCCGUCGCCGACGAGGAUGAGAGCGUCUUUACCGAGGUAAAGCACGCGGUCGUCAAUGCGUUGCCGGAGCGCAUCGGCGGGACCCGCGCCGAGCCAUGGGCGAUCCUCAUCUCGGCCUCACGGCAGGACAAGGAGUCCCAGAACCAGGAUGUCGUCUUCAACCGCACCAUACAUGCGCUCUUCCCGGACGCUUCGCUCGGGCUGCCGCAGAUUGUGCAGCCGCCUAGCGCGAGCGGUGAGGACGACAAGGGCGACGAGGACGUCGCUGAGGGGUACGAGAUCGUCGGCGGCUUCAUUGUCCCCAUCGAGGAUAGCACCAAGGAUGAGGCACAGCGCGCGGCGCGCAAGGCGAGGAAACAGAAGAAACAGAAGGAAGAGCAGCUCGAGCAGCUCGAGGGCGUCGAAGUCUUGUCCGCGACGCAGGCCGCUAAGCGUGAGAAGCUCGCCGAGUUCGUCCGCCCCGCGCUCGACUCGUGGCGGUUCGGGUACAUCGACUUUUUCAACAACACCGAUGACAUUGGCUGGCAGUGGUUCCUCUGGAAGGUUCCUGUCAUGGUCAUCGCGACGCCGAGCACGUCCCCGGAGCGCCUGUACGAUCUGCGCUUCUGGAAGCUAGCCUUCGCCAAGCCCAGGCCGGACGACAUGCUCUCGUUCCUCGGUAACCCGGGGCAGUGGCAGGCUUUGCCCGUCUGGGACAGCAGCUUGGCGCCCGGCGGUAAGCGGCACGUCAUCCUCCUGCGCAUGGCAGCAUUCUUCAAAAAGUACAUCUACCCCUUCUUUGAAGUCGUGCCUGGCUGGGCGAUCACGCUGGUCAUCGGCGGCGCAGCUUCCAUCGUGCCGAGCCUUUUGCACUCCGAGGACGACAAGAAGCUCAAGGCCGCGCACGAGGCCAAGAAGCGUGGCAAAGCGGCAGAGGAGGCUGUGAAGCAAAGCAUGUCCCGGGCGUCUGCAUCCGCAUCAUCAACAACCAGCAAGGUAGCCUCUGUUGCAGAUGCGGCGGACGACCCAACAGCCAAUGCAAUCGCUCCGGACACCUCAGCUGCAGGGACGCGGUCGCGAGUUCGGAAAAGCCGCAAUUGAUGGCGUCUACGCCUCACCCCAUAGGAAUGGAGCGCCUUUGCAGAGGCUGCGCAAAGUCAUGCAUGUACUUAGAUGAAUUUUUUUUAUUUCAGUCCAGAAAUAGGGUGAUAGCAUGGAAUUCUGAUAAUUACAGG